UUAUUGAGGAAACCUCUUCAAUUCAGGCCACACUAUGAACUAAAGGUUUCUAAAGGUUUUUACAUGACACACAUGUACAUCACAAUGUUUUUACAGAAUGUGGAGUAUGGAUGAACACAUCUGUGUAGAUUAGUAAAGCAUCUUCAGUCCAUGUGUUUGGAGUCAACCAGCUUUUGUCAGGUGAAGAUCAGUAUUGAUAGAAACCAAACUGGUUUCCAUUAUUCACUGCAUGUGCUGUGAAUAACCCUUGUAGGUUUUUAGUGUAAAAACUAAAAACAAGCCAGUAGCACACAUCUGGUAACUGAUGUGAUGUGUCUGAAGUUCCUUUAAAGCGCAAGGUUUCGUGUGAAUGAAGUUUGUGGCUCUAAAAUAUUCUAGUAGACCAGGAAUUUAAUGUGUCUGCCAUAGUGGCUCAUCUGAGCAUGUUCAGGUUAUAGGUGAGUCUGUUAUUCAACAAUUACACUGGAUAUUUAGCAGAUACAGGAUAUGAUGCUAAUGUUUGACCCAGUGACGUACAACAAGCAGCAUCGUCGGUGCUCACGUUUGCUUUUUCAAAUCUAAAACGGCUGAAUAAAAAAGUUUUAAGGAUCACGUUUAUGAAACCGAGGGUCUUCCUCCUUGUGAUUACUGGAUCACUGGACUCUGAAAUGACAGAAAUGGGUUAAUGUACUAAGUUCUGAUCCUUUAUAAGGUCCCGGAUCUGAUGUUGGGAAUCAAACCGUGACACUGUGUGACGCUGCUCCAUUCAUUUCAGUCUCAUCUCUGACUCGGAGGCGGACGGAGCUCUAGCGGUCAGACUCGCCACCAACUUCGCAUCAUCGCCCCCGAACUAAAGCGCUCGUGCAGCUCGCGCUGCGCCUCGUUUCUCCCUCGGUGUGUGUGUGUGUUUUUAAUUUUACGUCCGUUGUAGUUGUGAGCAUGCAAGACAACGACUGUCACCGAAGCAAGAAACCAACGGGAAUAUGGACAAAUCUGCCACUUGUACUUUACCAUUGCACUUUAUAUUUAUUGGUCUUCAGUCUGGAACUGAAGGGGAGCGCAACGGCGCCGUCCGACUCCGAUGACUUUGCUUUCUUCCACGAGGGUGCCCGGGGGUGCCUGGGGGUGCAGGACCGCUCCCUCGUCCUGUCCGCGUCCUGCGAGCAGCCCAACCAGCGCUGGAAGUGGGUGACCCGGGGCCGCCUCUUCAACCUGGGCUCGUCGCUGUGCCUCGGCGUGACCGUCGGCAACUUCACCUCCGGGGCGGGCGGGUCCCCGCUGGGCGCGUACACCUGCGACCACGAGCCCCCCCGGGUGCGCUGGACCUGGAGCUGUGGCCAGAUGCUGGACAACCUCAACGCCUACCUGCCCUCGCCCACGCUCCUCAACUCCUCCGCCGCCACGGCGCCGCCGGCCAAGUCCAAGUGGGCCCUGCACGGCGGCCUGCAGGACCUGUGCACCAGAACGUAUCGAGAGAUCUACACCAUCCAGGGCAACUCCCACGGCCGCCCCUGCUACCUGCCCUUCCUCUACGACGGCCAGUGGUUCCACAGCUGCACCAGCGUGGGGCGGGAGGACGGCCACGUGUGGUGCGCCACCACCUUCGACUACGGCAGGGACGAGCGCUGGGGCUUCUGUCCCGUCGACAGCCCCGGCUGCGAGACGUUCUGGGACACGGACCCGCUGACGGACAGCUGCUACCAGUUCAACUUCCAGGCCACGCUGUCGUGGGGCGAGGCGCGGAGCAGUUGCCAGCAGCAGGGGGCCGAUCUGCUGAGCAUCACCAAGCUGCACGAGCAGACGUACAUCAACGGUUUCCUCACCGGAUACAACGCCGCGUUGUGGAUCGGCCUCAACGACCUGGACGUCAACGGCGGCUGGCAGUGGUCUGACACGUCGCCGCUUAAAUAUCUCAACUGGGAGCAGGACCAACCGAACCACGAGGACGAGGAGAACUGCGCCGUGAUCAGAACCGAGUCGUCGGGUCGCUGGCAGAACCGCGACUGCUCCGUGGCCCUGCCGUACGUGUGCAAGAAGAGGCCCAACGCCACCCUGGACCCUUUCACCACAGAUUCGUGGGCCGACGACCAGAAGUACGAGUGCGACGUGGGCUGGCAGUCGUUCCAGGCGGGCUGCUACAAGCUGACGUCAGAGAAGGCCGACUGGGAAACGGCCCAGAAAGUCUGCCAGAAGAUGGAGGCCAAUCUGGUCAGCAUCCACACGCUGCCGGAGCUGGAGUUCACCCUGCGCAACGUCAGGAAAGACCACGGCCAGCUGUGGAUCGGGCUUCAUGACACGGACAUGCAGAUGGAUUUCCAGUGGACCGACCACACGCCCGUCAUCUUCACCUUCUGGCACCCGUUCGAACCCAACAACUUCCGCAACGUGCAGGAGGACUGCGUCUCCAUUUGGGGAGCGGAGGGCCGAUGGGAUGACAGCCCCUGUAAUAUGACUCUUCCCUCCAUCUGCAAGAAGCCAGGAACAAAGAGUGAUGGGAAGCCACAGCACCAGGACUGCAAACAGGGCUGGAAGUGGCACAGCCCGGCCUGUUACUGGGUCGGAGAGGAUGUGUCCACCUUUGAUGAGGCGAAGAAGUCCUGCGAGCAGCACGGGGCUGCGCUCGUUACCAUCACCAACCGGUUCGAGCAGGCCUUCACCAACAGCCUGGUGUUCGGCCGCUCCGGGGACUCCUUCUGGAUCGGCCUCUCUGACCAGGGCAGCGCCGGCUCCUUCCACUGGCUCAGCGGGGACGAGGUGUCCUACACCAACUGGAACCGGGACCAGCCAAUCAAAGUCAAUGGCGGCUGCGUCUCCAUGGCGACCGGCUUCGCAACAGGUCUGUGGGAGGUGAGGGAGUGUGCGUCAUCGAAGGCGAAAUUCAUCUGCCGACAGAACCAGGACACGUCUCUGAGCCCCGAGCCCCCGGCCCCUCAGCCCACCCCCAGCCUCACCGGCUCCUGUCCCAGCGGCUGGAAGAGCAGCGACAGCCUGCGCUACUGCUACAAGGUGUUCCAUUCCUCGCAGCAGGACCAGCGGCUGAGCUGGCUGCAGGCUCACCUGUUCUGCCAGAAGCACGGGGCCAACCUGCUGAGCAUCAGCGGCCCGGAGGAGGAGCACUUUGUUCUGCAAGUCCUCCACGAGGCCUUCGGGGAGUCUGAGGACCAUGAGCAGCACUGGUUCUGGAUUGGACUGAACCGCAGGAACCCCAUGGACAACGGCAGCUGGAAGUGGAGCGACGGCCUGGCUCUCACGUACCAGAACUUUGGACGCUACUACUACAACAUUCGCCAGUGCGCUGCGGCCGACCUGGGCACCAUGACGUGGCUGGCCAUGCACUGCGACUCCGAGUUAGACUUGAUCUGCAAACUCCCCAGAGGUAGUGCUGAGAAGGAGCCAGAAGCCUCUGAAGGCACCAACUCACCAGAGUGGAUCGGCUUCCAGGAGGCCGAGUAUAAGUUCUUUGACCACCGCACCACUUGGGAGCAGGCCCAGAGGAUUUGCACCUGGCUUCAUUCCUCGCUGGCAUCCGUCCACUCAUCUGAGGAGGAGGCGUUCUUAGCCAACACUUUACGCAAGAUGGUGAAGGUGGAGGGCGACAGCUGGUGGAUCGGGCUCCACAGCUACGAGAACGACGGCCGCUUCCGCUGGUCUGACCACUCUGUGCUCAAUUACGUGUCCUGGGCUCUCGGGCGCCCGAACCCGGUCAGCCGCGACGGCAAAUGCAUCCACAUAUCGGCGGGUAAAGGGGAUUGGGUCGAUCACAAGUGUCGCUCCGACCUGCCGUACAUCUGCAAGAGAGUCAAUGUAACCGGGACCAUUCCCCCGACCCCAUCCUCCCCCCACCCCCCGUCAGGUUGUCCCAGUGACUGGUCUUCGUACCAGCACAAGUGUUUCCGGGUGUUCAGCGAUCAGUCCAACAAGCUGACGUGGUCUGCAGCCAAGCUGAAAUGUGAGCGGCAUGGAGGCAUGCUGGCAGUGGUGUCCAAUCAUCUGGAGCAAGCCUUUGUCACCACCCUGCUGUCCAACGUGAGCGUCGACCUGUGGUUGGCUCUGACGUCAGACUCCAAGGGGCACUUCCAGUGGUCCAAGUCCAGUCUGCUCAGCUACACCAACUGGGCUCCGGGGGAGCCGGUGGACAACAGCGGGCCGCACCACAACAAGUCCCCGGGGAACUGCGCGCUCAUGGUCCACGGGAACCCGCGGAGGAGCACCGGCAUGUGGGCCUCGCGGGCGUGCGAGAUGGAGAGCCACGGCUUCGCGUGUCAGAGGCAGCAAGACGCGAGCGUCCCUCCAGGACCCCCGCUGAUCCCCGCGUCCCUGUCCAAGCCCGUGGUGCUCGGCGGCGCCACGUACCGCGUGGUGGAGAAGACCCUGGACUGGACCGGAGCCCUGCACCUGUGUGAAUCGCUGAACGGGACCCUGGCCAGGGUGAAGGACCCCUACCAGCAGGGCUUCCUCACGCUGCUGGUCAACGGCCUGCGCCAGCCGGCCUGGAUCGGCCUCUACAGCGCCGGCGGGCGGGCGGUGACCUGGCUGGGCGAGGAGGAGGCGUCGUACACGAACUGGAAAGACGAGGAGCCCCGGCAGCCGGGGGGGUGCGGUCACAUGACCACAGCCGGGCUCUGGACCAUGACGUCCUGUGAGGCUCAGCUGAAAGCAGCCAUCUGUCAAAUUAGCGAUGAGCCUGUGGUCCACCAGUGGGUCUACCCUGGCCAGUGCCCCCACUCACUGGGCGAGUGGGCCUGGGUGCCGUUCAGAAACCACUGCUACGCCUUCAACCUGCAGAGCCUUAAGCUGCAGCAGGAGGCUCACAAGUCCUGCAAGAAAGUGGGAGCAGAGCUUCUUUCUAUCCUGGACGAGACCGAGAAUGGGUUCGUGUGGGAGCACAUCCAGAGCUAUGCGGAGCAGGCUUACGGCGCUUGGCUGGGCAUCAGCGUCAAAGGCAGCGGCCUGGUGUGGGGCGAGGACACGCGGAUGACGUACAUCAACUGGGAGGCGCACGACGCCGGCUUCUCCUCGCUCUCCCCCAACUCCUGCUUCUGGAUCCAGAGCAACAGCGGCCUGUGGAAGCCCGGCUCCUGCAAGAACCGCACGCACGGGGUCAUCUGCAAGCGGCCGCGCGGCGCUGAUGACUCGGUUAUAACAAUGGAUGGUGACCACCUGCCCACGCUCAUCGUCGUCAUGGUGACGGGCCUGGUGCUGGUGGUGCUGAUCGUCGGCGUCAUCUACCUGUACCGCCGGCGGACCGGCGGGCCCCAGGGCUCCUACGAGGGGGCCCGGUACAGCCGCACCAACUCCAGCGCCGCCGAGCAGACGGAGAAGAACAUCCUGGUGUCCGACAUGGAGCUGAACGAGCAGCCGGAGUAGCGAGCCGCGAGCCCCGGAACCCGCAGGAGGAGGUCCACGUCCAGUUCUGAUCCAGAAACGCACCGUGGCGUUUUAAUUUUUUUUUUUUCUCGUCUCUUCUUAAAAGCAAAAAAACAAAAAACAAAAAGAUUUAAAGUGCCAGGUGGCUGCGUGGAGCGCAGCACAGGUUUCCAACUUCAACCGUCUAAUUUCCCUCCAGACAAAUCAGAUUCCUUUUCCAUUUCCCAGUAGCACACAAAGGCGCAAAUCCAUCAUUUAUUGGAUUCAUUGGGGCCUUAGUCUCAUUUGUAGCUGCAAAAGUGCAACUCAGAAUGAGUUUCAUUAAAUGACUCACUGAUGCCGAAGCACACUUUUCUUGGUCCACACGUCUGUUUAUAGAAACGCAGAGUCACGGCAGCUCCACCGGCCGAUCAUUCAGGACCCCAAUGCAUUGUAUGGUUUGCUCCUUUCGCCGUCACAGUAUUCACCUGAGCGCCUCCGAUCGGUGCAGCUGCAGACAGCUGUUGCUGAUGUUUGCAUGCGUGGAGGCCGCCUCCCCCUCCCCCCCCUGAGCUGACACGUCGGCAGCAGCAGAGGCGGGGGAGGGAGGGGGGGGGGGGGGGGGGGUGGAAGGUGACAGCGACCCGUGACCUCAGACCGUCCGAGGGCUGUACACUAAAACUGUGCACAUAAGUAGACGGUAGUGCUGGAAGCUGGUCUUUAAAUGGGCUCCACUGUCCACACCACGCGCUGCGUCGCUGACAGGAUUGGAGGUUGUCAUGAAGUGAUUUCCUGCCUCCAUACUAUUAUCCCCAUCCACAGCACACUCGCCGCUCCGUGAUAAUGUUUGCGUUCCGGUUGCGUCAUCGUCACCCGAUGCUGAUUCAGCAUUUUUACGUUCAGUUGUUUCCUUUGUAUUCAGCUUAAAUUGAAUUUUUGUCACAUUCCUCAUGUUUAUGGACCACGAAUCACUUCUGUAUGUUUUUUUUCUUCUUUCUUUUUAGACAUGAGGUUUUCAUUGCGUGUUUUGAUUUCACUACAACUGGCAGAGACCUUUGGAAACAUUUCUACUUUUACGGGCUAAUCGCCAACAUUUGAAUUUCUCUUAUGCCCACGAAGGGAAACAUCCCCUGUGUGAAUGAGUCCUUUGUAUAUGAGAGAGAACUGAGCUCACUCUUUCAGGUGAGGAAACGUCCUUCGGUUCUGUCCAUAUUUUCAGGAUUUUACUUUUGUGCAGCAAAAUGACCUGAAUUUUCCGUGUUCAGUUGCCUCUUUAAAUAUUUUCCCUCUCCUUUGGCUGUUGCUUCUGUGUGCAUUUCUGUCCUCCUGCUCGGAGGAAUGCUUUGGAGCCAUUUCAGUCUGAGGCUUUUGGUGUUUCACUGAGCUGCUGUGAAAAAAGCCCCUUUUUUUGCUCUGAGUUGGACUAAGAUAUAGGGGGAAGGGCGGAGGAGACGGAGCAAGCAGGAGUGCAUGUGUGUGUGUGGCUGCGCGGGUGUGUGGAGUCUCCAGCUGUGGAAUGUUGAGUCGGCAAGACGAGCUCAGUGACACGUCUGGAACAAAUCAGAGAACGAGGGCUCCAGGACCUGGAGGGUCAGGAAGAAAAGGGAAAGCAGAUGAAGGAGGCGCGUGAAGAGGAGCAGAAGGAGCAGGACGCAGGCGUGGAGGGGAGGUUCCAGGCGUUAGUCUGGCCCCUGCUGGCGGCUCACUGCACGUCGGCUCUGCUCUGUGCUGGUGUGAGGGUUCAGUGAGAUCAUGACUGUUAUGUUAUGCAGACCAGCUCUCGUCCCUGUGAAGAAUCUGAAGUUUUUAUGUAAGUUUUAUAUGAAAUGAAUAAAGUCUAUGUUUUCAAAG